GAAGGCUUGGGUGGAUCCAUAGUUAUCUUUGUGUUCUUAGUGCUUAGGUCAAUACUUGGCGGAGAGUACAUAACCUUUUUUAUUCAAAUGAACCUGUCAGACUCUGAUUGGUUGUAUUCUGAGGCCCUGUCACUAAACAUGGUCAUUUAUCCCAGAAGUUGAAGGUUCCCCUAGAGCCAGCUGCAAAGUUCCCAAAGCACAGGAAGUUAACCACAGAGUGGGCUGCCCCGAAUGGGCAUCCCCAAAUACAGAGUCCAGGGUUGGAGCAGGAGAGGAACAAUGGAAGCCAGCUGCUCCAGAUGCCUGUUACUCUUAUUUCUCCUCACGUGUGAACUGGCCCCAGAAGUUGCUGGAGAAGUUGAAGAGUCCUCAGAUGGUCCUGGUACUGCCCAGGGACCUAUAUGGCUCACAGAUGUCCCAACUGCUGAGGAAUUCAUCUCUGCUGCUGAGGUGGCCAUCGUAGGCUUCUUCCAGGAUCUGGAAAUACCAGUAGUGUCUGUAUUCCAUAGCAUGGUGCAAAAAUUCCAAGAUGUGUCAUUUGGAAUCAGCAAUAACUCUGAGGUCCUGGCCCACUACAACAUCACCAGGAACUCCAUUUCCCUCUUUCGUCUGGUGGAUAAUGAACAGUUGAAGUUAGAGGGUGAAGAAGUUGAAAACAUGGAAGCUGCCAAAUUAAGCCUUUUCAUUGAGACCAACAGCCUUCGAUUGGUGACAGAAUACAACACUAAGACUGGGUUUGGCCUAUUUAACACCAUGAUUGAGAUUCAUCUUCUCCUGGUGAUAAGCAAAGCAUCUCCAGAGUACGCCGAGAAUAUGAACAGAUACCGGAAGGCAGCUAGGCUCUUCCAGGGAAAGAUUCUCUUUGUUCUGGUGGACAGUGGUAUGAAGGAAAAUGAAAAGGUGAUAUCAUUUUUCAAACUAAAGAAGUCUCAGCUGCCAGCUUUGGCAAUUUACCGAACUUUUGACGAUCAGUGGGAUACACUGCCUAUAACUGAAGUUACAGUAGAGCAUGUGAAAAACUUUUGUGAUGGAUUUCUAGAAGGGAAAUUGUUGAGAGAAAAUCGAACAUCAGAAGAAAAAACUCCGAAAGUGGAACUCUGACUUCUCCUUGGUAUUUCCACUUAUUACCACAUACUUACUUUAUGCUGAACAAAAACAGGCCAUUUAAACCUGAGGGAGACCAAACAACACAUUCACCAGGACUUUCCACCACACAUGGAGAGAGAGAGAGAGAGAGAAAGAAUUUAUUCCAUUUUGUUCCUUAAAAAUCUCAUUGGCUUUUCUUCUUUUUUUUAAACUGCCUUUACUCUCUGGCUACUCACUUAUUUUGCUAUUGCACAUUCAUACUGUGUAGGCCCACCUGUGGUGGACAGCUUUAGAAAUCCUAUGACACCUGUAUCAAGGAAAGCCAUUCCUAGAGAGAAAUUGUUCUAAUGUAUCAUUAGUACUGAGUUUGCCUACUUCACAUGAUCCACACAACAUAGUUCCUGCUGUUUGGAGGUUGUCUAAGGAUCGAAACUCGACCUUCCUUCAUAAGCGCCCGUCUCUCUCUGACUCAGGGCCAAGAACAAAAGGGUGGUUUUUAAGCACUCUUCUGUGUUUUUGUCAGAUGUUAAAUGAUGUCCCCAAGUUUCUGAAUUCAGCAUAAACAGACCAUGUGAAAACUCUAUGCUUGUUUAGCAUCCCCAAGUCCCCAUGUAAAUCAACAACCCGUCUAAUAAACAAAGGCAAUGA